CGUGUGUGUGCGCGCGCACGCGUGUGUGUGUGUGUGAGACCAUGAAUCAAAUCGCUGCUCAUCUAAUCUCUCAAAGUGACGGAGUUCCAUCAUGCUGGGGGGGAGGGUUCUGCAUUUGCUCCAGCUGUAUGAGAGAGAGAGAGGAGGGGAAAAAAAACGGCCGGUCCACCUAGUGCUUUCUUCACAGACGCCUGCAUGAUAAUCCCAAUCUGUGGCCAUUAGUGCACUGACAGAGCGAGGAAAGGGUUCAAAAGGGAGAAAGAAAAAGAGAGAGGAGAGAAGGAGGGAGGGGGCGCCUGGACAGAGAUGCACACAGAGGAGAAAGAACGAGAGCAGGAGGGAGAGCUUUUAAGGGAUUUGGCAGUGAUUUGUAGAAUCUCACUGCUGUAAUGUUGUGCUUUUUCUGCACUUUUCCCUGACUCUGCCAUGAUAUCCCACCCUAAAGCUGCAAAAGUCAGCGUUUUCUUUUUGCCUUUAUAAAUCACAACUUUUUUUUAAACCAUUGUUCUCCGGUGCAUUUUUUUUCAUUGCUGAGAGAGCAUACAGACUAUCUGAGAUGAUAGAGGAUUUACUUUUGGCGAGUGGAGGAGAGCCGUUACCUCCAGAAAUAUAAUCACAUUUUUGGACCCGUGGAUGGAGGCCCGCGUGGAACAGCUCGUGUGAUGGAUAAAAUCUGGACUGGUCGAUGAAUAAUGGGCAGGUGUCAAAGGUAGAGGGAGUGGCCCGGUGCUGUCAGUACCACUGCUGGUCAUCAUCAUGACAUCAGAGGCCCACUCAUCCCAUCCCUGCUGCUGCCUUGGUACAUUAACUGGACACCGGGCAUGGCUUCAGCUGCUUUGGGUCCUGCUGCUGGGCAUCAGUCCGGUGUUACUGGCCCAACAAGGCACCCAGCCUCAGUCCAUCAAAAUCGAGGGUGACAUCACCCUGGGCGGACUCUUCCCGGUGCACUCCAGAGGACCGGCUGGAGUUCCCUGUGGGGACGUCAAGAGGGAGAAGGGGAUCCACCGACUGGAAGCCAUGUUGUACGCCCUGGACCAGAUUAACAGCGACCCGGACCUGCUGCCUAACAUCACUCUGGGGGCUCGGAUCCUGGACACCUGCUCCAGAGACACCUACGCCCUGGAGCAGUCGCUCACCUUCGUCCAGGCCCUCAUCCAGAAGGACAACUCAGACGUGCGCUGCUCCAACGGAGAACCUCCCAUCAUCCCCAAACCAGAGAGGGUGGUCGGGGUCAUCGGGGCGUCCGGAAGCUCGGUGUCCAUCAUGGUGGCCAACGUCCUCAGACUGUUUGGGAUCCCCCAGAUCAGCUAUGCCUCCACUGCCCCGGAGCUGAGCGACAAGAGCCGCUAUGAGUUCUUCUCCCGUGUGGUGCCUCCAGACUCGUACCAGGCCCAGGCCAUGGUGGACAUAGUCAAAGCCAUGGGCUGGAACUACGUCUCCACACUGGCCUCCGAGGGCAACUACGGAGAGAGUGGCGUCGACGCCUUCCUCCAAAUAUCCAGAGAAGCAGGAGGGCUGUGUAUUGCACAGUCCAUAAAGAUUCCCAGAGAGCCCAGACCAGGGGAGUUUGAUAAAAUCAUCAAGAGACUGAUGGAAACCUCUAACGCUCGUGGGGUCAUCAUCUUUGCCAACGAAGACGACAUCAAACGGGUGCUGCAGGCUGCCAAAAAGGCCAACCUGACAGGCCACUUCUUGUUUGUUGGAUCUGACAGUUGGGGGGCAAAAAACUCCCCAAUUCAAGACCAGGAGGAGGUGGCUGAGGGUGCUGUCACCAUCCUGCCCAAAAGAGCCUCUAUUGAUGGGUUCGACCAGUACUUCACUUCAAGGUCUUUGGAGAACAACAGGAGAAACAUUUGGUUCGCAGAAUUCUGGGAGGAUGACUUCAAAUGCAAACUAACUCGGCCCGGCAUAAAAUAUGACCCCAGUAGAAGGAAAUGUACAGGCGAAGAAAGAAUCAGUCAGGACUCUCAGUACGAACAGGAAGGGAAGGUGCAGUUUGUGAUUGAUGCUGUGUAUGCCAUGGCCCACGCUUUACACAGCAUGCACCUGGACCUCUGUCCUGGCUAUAUGGGCGUCUGUGAGAAGAUGGACCCAGUUGAAGGACAGAUGCUCCUCCAGUACAUCCACUCUGUGAACUUCAACGGUAGCGCAGGAACCGGAGUGAUGUUCAAUGAGAAUGGAGACGCUCCUGGUCGGUACGACAUCUUCCAGUACCAGAUGUCCAAUGUCAGCAACCCCGGCUACAAGGAUAUUGGCCAAUGGACAAACCACCUACGGCUCAAUUCAGAGGAGAUGCAGUGGUCGGGCGGUGACCGUAGGAUCCCUGAUUCGGUGUGUAGUUUCCCCUGCGAAUCUGGCGAGAGGAAGAUGGUGAAAGGCGUUCCCUGCUGCUGGCACUGCGAGCUCUGCGAUGGCUACCAGUACCUGUUGGAUGAAUUCUCCUGUGACAUGUGCCCCUUUGACAUGAGGCCCUUACCGAAUCGCACAGGCUGCCGGCCGACUCCCAUCAUCAAGCUGGAGUGGAGCUCUCCCUGGGCCAUCAUCCCCGUCUUCCUGGCCAUCCUGGGCAUCCUGGCCACCACCGGAGUCAUCGCCACCUUCGUCCGCUUCAACGACACUCCCAUUGUUCGAGCUUCCGGCAGAGAGCUCAGCUACGUGCUGCUGACGGGAAUCUUCCUCAUCUACCUCAUCACCUUCCUCAUGAUUGCAGAGCCCAGCGUGGCCGUGUGCGCCUUCCGCAGGCUGCUGCUGGGGCUCGGCAUGUGCAUCAGUUACGCCGCCAUGUUAACCAAGACCAACCGGAUCUAUCGCAUCUUCGAACAGGGCAAGAAGUCAGUCACACCUCCCAAGUUUAUCAGCCCCACCUCUCAGCUGAUCAUCACCUUUAUACUCAUCUCAGUGCAGUUGCUCGGGGUGUUCAUCUGGUUUGGUGUGAUGCCCCCCCAUACUAUCAUCGACUACGAGGAGCAGAAACCUCCAAACCCUGAGUUUGCUCGCGGCGUCCUGAAGUGUGACAUGUCCGAUUUGUCCCUCAUGCUGUGUUUGAGCUACAGUAUCGUACUGAUGAUCACCUGCACAGUGUACGCCAUCAAAAGCAGAGGGGUUCCUGAGACCUUCAACGAGGCCAAACCAAUCGGCUUCACCAUGUACACCACCUGCAUCAUCUGGCUGGCCUUUGUUCCCAUCUUCUUUGGCACAGCACAAUCAACAGAGAAGAUGUUCAUCCAGACCACCACCCUGACGGUGUCCAUGAGCCUGAGCGCCACCGUAUCCUUGGGCAUGCUCUACAUCCCCAAAGUCUACGUCAUCAUCUUCCACCCGGAGCAGAACGUCCAGAAGAGAAAACGCAGCUUCAAAGCAGUGGUGCAGGCAGCCACCGUGUCCACGCACCUGUCCAUGAAGUCUAACGAAAAACAGAACGGCGAGUCCAAGAUCGAGCCGGACAGGUCACAGUGAAAUGACACAACUGAAGUCCAACAAUGAGAUUCUUUAUGAUGGGUGCAGAUUUUACUGUUAGUUUUUGGCUGGAUUGUUUUUUUCCCCCUCCCCUUUAAUUAUGGAAUGAAAAUACCAGCAAAGACAUUUUGUGGAUGAUGUUUCUUUUCACACUUAUUUAUUCAGAUCUACUAAACCUGGAAUGAAGCACAAAAUGGACAACUUUGCACAAGGACUGGGCGCUUUUUUCUUCUUUGUAACGUUCACACAUGCACCUCGAAUUGACAAGGGGCUAUUGCUAGUUUUAACUCUCCCUGGGAAAUGCUGUUUGGGGGGGGACAAAAAAGCUUAAAUGGCAACCUUUGCCCUACAGGAAGAUGUACAUGUGUGUGGGUCAAUGAGACUGCUCACUGGCUCCAAAAGCACUGCAUGGGUUCUGUGUUUUUGUGUGUACAUGAAUGUUCUGAAACAUUGUUCAUAAGGAGUGUCAUCUCUUUUUCUUCUGAUUACACUGGAAGAAAAUACUUUUUAAAGUGCACCGACAUGUCCUGUUCCUGCUCCUGGAAAGGUGUGAUGAAGCACCAAACUGAUAGCACUCAUGCGUCUGGUUCCAGUCACGCUGCUUUAAUUACGGUUAUAAAUGCAAUCAUUAUGGCACAAGCUGGUUUUAUAUCAUGGAAACUGGAAAUUCAUUAGCGCAAACAGAUACAAGUGAUUGUGAGCAGGAUGUUUGUCUUCUACCUGGUACUUUUACUGACUCCACCGUGGAGAAUAAUGUUUGGCAUUUCCCCAUAUUGUCUGUUAAAAUAUCAAGCAAUCUGCUUGAAGGUCAGUUUUGUAUGGCAGCAUGCCAAAAUCAUAGAGGAACCACCUUUAUGUCAAUGCAUGGGAACCAUUUAAGAAAGCUUUCUUUGAUUUUGUGCCAUGCAAGACCCUCCAUCACAACAAAUUUAGAUUAUUUGAAGUAUUAAAAUCAAUCUAGGUGAUGGCAAAAUAACCGGAUGAGUCAACAACAGGCCCUCUUCUGCCAAAAUACUAUUUGCAGUAUUUUUUUCUCACUUGAUCAUAAUGUACAACUCAGGUUUAACUGUUCUGGGCUCUUCCUUGAGGGUUUCUCUCUGCACUGGCACAACCUCUUUAAUAUAAAUGGAUCCAGCAGUAACCAUGUGCAUUGCAUUUUUACUCAGUGCAGGAGUCCUGCCAGAUUCAUGCCCUCAUGAGAGAAAACGCUGUUUGUGCUGCCCUCUGCAGGACAACACAGCUCAGUCACACAACCGUGAAGAAAAGUGAAGAGUGACUCGUUUGUAGACCCCACACAAACCUUAAGAAAAAUAUUCUUUAUUAUUUGAGCUGCAUCACACUGGACCAUUGGAACUAAAAACACCUACAUCACAUCUACAUGUAGGUUAAUAUAAGAAGACUCUGUGAAAAAUAACUGAUUGCUUUUCAGUGUACAGAGACGAGAUCUGUCCAUGACAAUCGAUGACGUAUCAGAUAACGGAUCAAUGAUUUGCAGACAAACCGGUCUCAGACAUACACAGACUCCUACACAACUACAAAAGGUUUCAAACCUAAGACCAGUCAGGACACAGUCUACACACACAAGUUCAUCUCAACACACACACACACACAAAAAAAACUGUACAGCAAGUUUGCCGACGUCACCAAAAAGUCAACAUUUGCUUUUGAGUCGGAGGCGAGUUAUUGCUUUUAAAACAAAAGUUCAAGCAGAAAGUCCUGUUUGGUGCUGAGAGGUGGAACCGCUGCCAGGCUGCUCUCUGAGCCAGAAGAGCACCAACAAGCUUUUUCCCCUCACAGCCUCCUGAACUCUGAUUCCAAUAUUUACUCAAGGAAGCCGUCCAGAGUGAGACAAGUUGAAAUCUUGGGUGGAGGUCUGGUCACUUUUUUCCUUUUAGCUUUCAUCAGUGGGCGAAUCUCUGAUAAAGGAGACUGGAGUGGAGCACUGAGUGAAGGAAUAAUGCAGUGCAGUUUGUACUGAAGGUUUUUUUCCCUUCAUAUUUGUUGAUUUCAGAAUUAUGGUCAGACACAUAGAAAUAACGUUCACUUGAAGCUCAGCUCAUUCUUGACCAUUAAUAGAGCUCUUACUAGUGUGCUGCUUUUACCUAAACUUGAAGAAAACAUUGUGCGGGUUGAGAACAACGUUAAUAAUGAAUGAAACUAAGCUGGUAUAAUAUUCCAUUGCAUUUUUAAACUAAACUUUGUUGAAUGCCAGGUCAAAGUAUACUACUGUUAGGUCUGACUGUCUUGAUUCCACAUUGAUUGAUUCCAGAGACCAAUAAGUAGGCAAGAUGCAUUAAAAAAGCUCAACUCCCUGUUUAGAACAUUUCAAAAAAAGCAUCUCUGCCUCCUCCUCCACUGAAAAUCUAUGAAAAUACAAGUACAUUCAUUUUAAAAGUUCAACUGAACCUCAGUUCUCAGUGUGUGUGCAGUUUAGGCUUCAUGUUUUCACAUCACACAUCCAUUUUAUGGAGAAAAAAUAGAAUAUUAGAAUAGUGAAAGUCUGAAGAGAAACCUUUCUUCACAGAGAAGUUCAAACAUCCCAGAGAAGUAGCACAGACUGCAUUCCAAAUGACAGAAAAAAGGAUACAGGUUGAAUGAAUUUAGUUCGUCCUCCUAAACCAUCAUAACCAGUUCUGACCUGAAACAAACAAACAAAAACAAUUCUUUCAAUAAAACAGUCGAGGAACAAACGGCACCUUGCAGUAGAAGACAUUGAGGGAGAUGGUUGUGCUGUACAUACAGCUCCAGGCUUCCUCUGAGGGUCCAACAUGCUGCCGAAAGUCUUCUUUCUAAAGAGGAGAGAGUUCCUCAAAAAAGGAUCCAGGGCUGACUCUUCAUCUCGGGCCUGAAACAACAAAACACGUGUCAGUGGCACGUCGACUACAUUUAGAAAUGGACAUUGUCGAGUGACUAUUAAAAACGUACUUUGCUUGA